UCACGGCUCGCGGCAGAGUGGCAGAUAAGCCAAGGCUCAAAGACACCCAGCUGGUGCCCGGGCUCCGUGGAGAUCUCUGGGCGGCCCUGCGGGCCUGGCUGCGAGCUCCUGCGAACAAUGAACUUGCAGCCACCGCUGCCCAAGUGAACACGGGGGCGCUGGGCUCUUCCUGCCGCACCCCCUUGUCAAGCCCGCGCCAGCAUGUCGGGAGCCCCCGAGGACAGCGUGGGGGCCCUCGGGCUGCCAGGGGUGGGCAAGGACUGCUUGACCACCAUGGACACAAAGCUGAACGUGCUCAGCGAGAAGGUUGACAGGCUGCUGCAUUUCCAGGCCGACGUCGCGGAGAAGCUGCAGUGCGUGUGCCAAGGCAUGGGCCACCUGGAGCAGGGCCUGCACCGGCUGGAGGCCUCCAGGGCCCCGGGCCCGGCCGGGGCCAGCCCCGCCCCCGCCCCGGCAGGGGACGCGCAGGCUGGGUGGCCGGAGGUCCUGGAGCUGGUGCGGGCCCUGCGGCAGGACGGGGCGCAGCACGGCGCCAGGCUCGACGCCCUGUUCAGGGUGGUGGUGGCCGUGGACAGGGCCGUAGCUCUGGUGGGGGCCGUGUUCCAGAACUCCAGGGUGGUGGACUUCAUCACGCGGGGGAGCGUGCCUUGGCGGAAAGGAGGCCUGACCGACGGCCCUGCGGAGAACAAGGAGAGAGAGGAAGAGAAAGGAGCCACACCGCAGCCCGUGCUGUGCACCAGGGGCGUGCAGGCGGAGCUCGGGGGGCCUCGGGGAGAGAGCCAGGAGGCUGACCCGCCGGAGGGCACAGCGGAGGGGCUGCCCCCCGCAGGCGCUUCAGGGAUGGGGCCUGCCGUCCUGGCCCAGCCGGAGGCCUUGCCGGGGCAGGGAGAUGGCGUGCCCGGCCCGGACCUCGAGGCCCCUGCACACCUGCCACCGUCCGGAGAGGCAGACGCCAAAGCUCCCGGGGCGGCUGGCCAGAGCCCCGGGACCGGCCUGGAACUGCCCGCGGCACCCAGCAGGGGCGGCGAGGCCCCUGCCGGCCAGGAGGCUGCCCCAGACACGGGACAAGGACCGUCGUCCGGUGACCCUGAUGCUCGGCCUGCAGAGGAGGGCAUGGAGCCGACUUUGGGGCUGCCAGCCGAUGCCACGGCCGCUCCGGGGGGUGAAGACGCGCACCCGAGGAUCCCCGUCCGUGCGCAGGACACGGGUACCCCUGCGGAGCUGCCGGUGACACAAGGGGGUGGCCCCGGACCCGCAUCCCCUGUGGAGGCCCCAGCGGCUGUCCAGCCAGGUGAGCAGGACCCACCUGAGCCCAGGUGCUGUCCCCAGGCUCCUGGGACCGAGUCGGAAAAACAGACCCCGAAAGGAGCCAGCGAGUGCCCCCCACCGCCUGUGCGGAGCAGCGACGGGGGGACGGAGGCUGAGGACCAGCAGGGGCCUGCGCCUGAACCAGCCACGGGACCGCAAGGGGACAGGAGGGACUCGGGCGCCGGGGCCCCGGGCCUGCAGCAGGACAAAGGCCCCGGAGCAGGGAGCCCUGAGCCCCAGAAGGCCUGCAGCCCUGGGGGCCUGGACAGAGCCGAGGCGGGAAGGACACCCCAGGGCGCCGAGGCCUGCAGCCUGGUUCUGGAUGACAGCCCGGCCCCGCCAGCCCCCUUCGAGCACCGGCUGGUGAGCGUCAAGGAGACGUCGGCGUCGGCGGGCUACACCGUGUGCCAGCACGAAGUCCUGGGGGGGGGCCGGUUCGGCCAGGUGCACAGGUGCACGGACAAGUCCACCGGCCUGCUGCUGGCGGCCAAGAUCAUCAAAGUGAAGAGCGCCAAGGAUCGGGAGGACGUGAAGAACGAGGUCGCCAUCAUGAACCAGCUGCGCCACGUCAACCUGAUCCAGCUCUACGACGCCUUCGAGGGCAAGAACAGCUUCACCCUGGUCAUGGAGUACGUGGACGGGGGCGAGCUCUUUGACCGGAUCACAGACGAGAAGUACCACCUGACCGAGCUGGACGUGAUCCUGUUCACCAAGCAGAUCUGCGAGGGCGUGCACUACCUGCAUCAGCACUACAUCCUGCACCUGGACCUCAAGCCCGAGAACAUCCUGUGUGUCAACCAGACGGGGCACCAGAUAAAGAUCAUUGACUUCGGGCUGGCCAGAAGGUACAAGCCUCGGGAGAAGCUGAAGGUGAACUUCGGCACUCCCGAGUUCCUGGCUCCGGAGGUGGUCAACUACGAGUUUGUCUCGUUCCCCACGGACAUGUGGAGUGUGGGCGUCAUCACCUACAUGCUGCUCAGCGGUCUGUCCCCGUUUCUAGGGGAAACCGACGCGGAGACCAUGAACUUCAUCGUGAACUGCAGCUGGGAUUUCGACGCUGACACCUUUGAGGGGCUGUCGGAAGACGCCAAGGACUUUGUGUCCCAGCUGCUGGUCAAAGAGAAGAGCUGCAGAAUGAGCGCCACCCAGUGCCUGAAACACCGGUGGCUGAGUGACCUGCCGGCGCGAGCGUCCAUGUCUAAAGUGGGCCUGAAAUCCCAGCUCCUGCUGCAGAAGUACAUGGCGCACCGCAAGUGGAAGAAACAUUUCAACGUGGUGACCGCAGCCAACAGGUUAAGGAAGUUCCCAUCCUGCUCCUAAGGCCCGACUCCGCUGCUCACCUGGGCCGGGAAGGCACCGAGACCAGCGGCGACGCGAGGGCUGGAGGUUUCAAACCAUCGGGCCUUUGGCUAAUACCGAUCCCACUUAUUUUGUAGAGAAGGCGACGGUGGUUGCCUUCCUUGUGGAAGAAAAGGGGGCUCUAAAGACAGUGCCUGGAGAGCUUUUUUCUGCCUUAGCAGGCCACUGAGCUUGAACUGCCUUGUUGCUCCCCAAGUGUAGGCGCUGGGGGGGUAGGAGCUGGGGGGGUAAGCGUGGGCGCGCUGUCCGUAGGUAGGGAAGCUUGUGUUUGCGCGGGCCGGGGCGGGGUUCUGAACAUGCCGACUCAGGAACGGGGCGUGUCGGUGGGUCAGCGGCAUCUCCCGUCGCCGCACCUGGAGCUCCUGCCAGUCCGAUUGGCUCGCGGGUGGGCGGACGUGACCCCGUGGGCCCCGCUCCCGGUGCAGCAGCGCGGACUCAGGGCAGUGGGCCCCCCGCUUGUUUGACCCUGGGCUCCCUCGUGGGAACCGAAACGUGCAAUGUUUAGUAGUCUUCCACGUUUCAGAAUGUGCAACCGUCCUAGCGAAACCGGAACAAGGGUCGUUUUGAAUGUGCUUUUAAAGUCUCCACCCACCCCCGGCCCCUCCCAAUUCCGCCCUGUCCGGCGCCCGCUGACGCCCCGCCCUCGGCCGUGAAUGGGGGUCCGGGGGGCCUGGGAACCGACGUGCAGUGUGGGAGAGAGGAGAACAGGGCAGACGGGCACCUUGCGGAGGGAGACGUUAGUGAGGGUGCGCACUGGCCGUGCAGCUGCCCUACCCAGCGCCGAACAAGGAGUCCUUCGCUGUUCGGACGCCAACAGUCCUUCUCAUGUCCUCACUUCUCACCCGACGAUCUGUUCCGUUCCCACCGCAGCCCCUCGGGGCAGCAGUUUUAGUCGGAGUAGUCACUUUGAGUUGUUAAUUAGCCAACAGUUUCUAAGCCUUUCAGGAUUUCUGUCCACAUAAGGACAGGUUUUGGGCAGGAGGCCUGGGUGUGGGGGUUCGUGCUGCCGUGGUAGCUCUCAAGUUGGCUGUCCUGGUCGGAACCGGGAUGAUCAGGGCCAGCAUGGUGGGCCUGCUGCAAGCCUGCGGCCCCGGGACCUGGGAAGAGGUGGCCUCGUCUGGAGACCGCCCUGUGCGGAGCCGAACAGGGGGUUGGUGGAAUGCUCGGUGGUGAAGCAGAGGCCACCUCUCUGCAGAAGGCUGAUUUGAGGGCACCUCGCAGAAGGCGCUGGUUACAGGGGGCGUCUUGUGAGUGGGUGAGUCUCAGCCUCUUUGCGAGUGAGGUCCUUGGGGAACGCUCCGGAUCGUCCCCAGAAACAUGGAGUGCGCCCCUCGGAUCCACAGCUGCACGGCGCGCAGGAAUGUGGUACGAGCCAUCUGCAUACCUGAGUAAUUUCUGAUAGCUCCUUCAGAAACGGAAACCUGGUGAAAUAAACUGGAGUAAUUUAUUUAACACAG